CGAACCUCUUACCCGGAAGCAAACCUCUCCCGCACUGCCGCCGCCGCUCACUGCCGAGGAUCUGCCCUGUCUUCCACAACUCUUCUCUUCUCUUCUCUCUUUCUGUCUUCCAGCCCGGACAUAUCACCGCUAAUCUUGCAAUUCUUCUCCCCCAAGCAUUGCCCUCGAAAGUCCUGUUUCAAACCUCGCCGUCGAGCAAGCAAACCAUUGUUCUCGCUCAUACCCUUUCUCACUCUUCGAUCGGCUGUCUCUCGCACUCCCGGAAAGCUCACGGCAACCCUUGCCACCGCAGAUUUCUAUGUUCGUUUCAAAGGGAGUAGCAAACCAUCAAGAAACUGUGGGUCGGGGUUUGAUGGGGAAGAAGAAGCGGGUUCCGUAAUUCCCACCAAGCCUCAUUCUCCCCUUCAAAUUCCGGUUCCAUCGCUUUACACGCACUCAAGAAAAGGUUUUUACUCUAAGUUGGGGUGAUUACUUAAACAGUCACAAAUUUUUGCAGGGGGUAAAAUGUCAUCCUUUUAACCUGCAAUUGUCACUCCUUCUGGAAGCUAUUUGUUCCUAAUGUGCUAGGCAAAUGGAUUAGGUUCGUGAGUUGGGUUCUUGCUUUGGUGGAUUCAUGAAUUGAGUUUAAAUAGAUUUACGGGUUUAUUGGUUGGUUUAGACUUUAGAUGGGUUAGUGAGUUUGCGGAUCAUUGAACAUCCAUGAAAAAGAAGCCAUAGCAGCUGCAACAGUUGCAGCAGCAACAGAUUUGGAAGAGAAGGUAGGUGUGAAUAGUUUUAUUUAAUCUCUGAAAAUUGUUAGUUUGAAAUUUUGUGGUGCUGAUGUGAUUCUUUGCUUUGCUUAUGGGAAUUGGUAAGUCUUGGUGUUUUUUUGUCUCAAUUGAGCUUUCCCUAGCUUAAAGAUAAUUGAC